AUGAGGGGCCAGGCUGCCGCCCCGGGCCCCAUCUGGAUCCUUGCUCCACUCCUGUUGCUACUAUUGCUACUGGGGCGCCGGGCGCGUGCUGCCUCUGGUGCAGACAUAGGGCCUGGGGCAGAGCAGUGCACCACGUUAGUGCAAGGCAAGUUCUUCGGCUACUUCUCAGCAGCUGCUGUGUUCCCAGCCAACGCCUCACGCUGCUCUUGGACCCUUCGCAAUCCGGACCCUCGUCGUUACACACUCUACAUGAAGGUGGCCAAGGCACCCGCACCUUGCAGCAGCCCAGGCCGUGUCCGUACCUAUCAGUUCGAUUCCUUCUUGGAGUCCACACGCACCUAUCUGGGUGUGGAGAGCUUUGACGAAGUUCUGCAGCUCUGCGAUCCCUCGGCACCCCUGGCCUUCCUGCAGGCCAGCAAGCAGUUUCUACAGAUGCAGCGCCAACAGCCACCCCAAGAUGGUGACCUUGGUCCCCGGAGCACGUUCCCAAACUCUGGUGACGACUUCUCUGUGGAGUACCUGGUCGUGGGCAAUCGCAACCCCAGCCAUGCUGCCUGUCAAAUGCUGUGCCGCUGGCUGGAUGCCUGUCUAGCUGGCAGCCGCAGCUCACACCCCUGUGGCAUCAUGCAAACUCCCUGUGCCUGCCUGGGUGGAGAUGCUGGAGACCCUGCUUCCAGCCCCUUGGUCCCCCGUGGGGAUGUCUGCUUGAGGGAUGGAGUAGCUGGUGGCCCUGAGAACUGCCUCACCAGCCUGACCCAGGACCGGGGCAGGCAUGGCUCAGCAGGUGGCUGGAAACUGUGGUCCUUGUGGGGUGAAUGUACGCGGGACUGCGGGGGAGGUCUGCAAACUCGAACCCGCACCUGCUUACCCACCCCUGGCGUGGAGGGCGGAGGAUGUGAGGGCGUUCUGGAAGAAGGACGCCUGUGCAACCGCAAGGCCUGUGGCCCCACUGGACGCACCAGCUCACGGAGCCAGUCCCUGCGGUCCACGGAUGCCCGGCGGCGUGAGGAGCUGGGGGAUGAACUGCAGCAGUUUGGGUUCCCAUCACCCCAGACUGGUGACCCAGCAGCCGAGGAGUGGUCCCCAUGGAGCGUGUGCUCCAGCACCUGUGGCGAGGGCUGGCAGACCCGCACCCGCUUCUGCGUGUCAUCCUCAUACAGUACUCAGUGCAGUGGUCCUCUGAGGGAGCAGCGGCUCUGUAACAACUCUGCUGUGUGUCCAGUGCAUGGGGCCUGGGAUGAGUGGUCACCCUGGAGCCUCUGCUCCAGUACCUGUGGCCGUGGCUUCCGUGACCGCACACGCACCUGCAGGCCCCCACAGUUUGGAGGCAACCCAUGUGAGGGUCCUGAGAAGCAAACAAAGUUCUGCAACAUUGCCUUGUGCCCUGCUUCCUGUUCCCUUCUUCCCCCGGGCCGGGCAGUGGAUGGAAACUGGAAUGAAUGGUCCAGCUGGAGCACCUGCUCUGCCAGUUGCUCCCAAGGCCGCCAGCAAAGGACUCGAGAGUGCAAUGGUCCUUCCUAUGGAGGCGCUGAGUGCCAGGGCCACUGGGUGGAAACUCGAGACUGCUUCCUGCAGCAGUGCCCAGUGGAUGGCAAGUGGCAGGCCUGGGCAUCCCUGGGCAGCUGCAGUGUCACAUGUGGGGGUGGCAGCCAGCGACGGGAGCGUGUCUGCUCUGGGCCUUUCUUCGGGGGAGCAGCCUGCCAAGGCCCCCAGGAUGAGUACCGACAGUGUGGUGCCCAACGAUGUCCUGAGCCCCAUGAAAUUUGUGAUGAGGACAACUUUGGAGCCACGGUCUGGAAGGAGACCCCAGCUGGAGAGGUGGCUGCUGUCCGGUGUCCCCGCAAUGCCACAGGCCUCAUCCUGCGCCGCUGUGAGCUGGACGAGGAAGGCAUCGCCUACUGGGAGCCCCCCACUUACAUCCGCUGUGUCUCCAUCGACUACCGGAACAUCCAAAUGAUGACCCGAGAGCACCUGGCCAAGGCUCAGCGUGGGCUGCCAGGGGAGGGGGUCUCGGAGGUCAUCCAGACACUGCUGGAGAUCUCACAGGAUGGCACCAGCUACAGCGGCGACCUGCUCUCCACCAUCGAUGUCCUAAGGAACAUGACAGAGAUCUUCCGCAGGGCCUACUACAGCCCUACACCUGGGGAUGUACAGAACUUUGUCCAGAUCAUCAGCAACCUGUUGGCGGAGGAGAACCGGGACAAGUGGGAGGAGGCACAGCUGAUGGGGCCCAAUGCCAAGGAGCUCUUUCGGCUGGUGGAGGACUUUGUGGAUGUCAUCGGCUUCCGCAUGAAGGAUUUGAGGGAUGCUUACCAGGUGACCGACAAUCUGGUGCUCAGCAUCCACAAACUUCCGGCCAGUGGGGCCACUGACAUCAGCUUCCCUAUGAAGGGCUGGCGUGCCACAGGAGACUGGGCCAAGGUGCCAGAGGACAGGGUCACCGUGUCCAAAAGUGUGUUUUCCACAGGGCUGGCAGAGGCUGACGACUCAUCUGUGUUCGUGGUUGGUACUGUGCUCUAUCGAAACUUGGGUAGCUUCCUGGCCCUGCAAAGGAACACAACUGUCCUCAACUCUAAGGUCAUCUCUGUGACUGUGAAGCCCCCGCCUCGGUCCCUGCUCACACCCUUGGAGAUCGAGUUUGCCCACAUGUACAAUGGCACCACCAACCAGACUUGCAUCCUGUGGGAUGAGACAGAUGGAGACAUGGCGGUAGUCAUAGAAGUGGUGUUGGCAGGUGGGGCUGGCCAUGGGGGUGAUGGUUGCUACAUGGCGGUGGCCACAGAGGGGGUGGCCACAGAGCAGCAUGGCAGUGACCGUGGCAGCAGCAUUAGUGAUUCAGCAGUGGCUGUGGAUGUGGGGAAAGGUGCUAUUGACCCAGCUCCGUCUCUAUUCCCAGACCUGUUGCUAGGACAUGGGGGCAGCCUGGGACUGGAGAGUCUGGCCCUGGUGAUACUCAGCUGGGUAAGGCGGCAGCCAUUCCUCCCUUGCCCCUGGAAGGCUAAGCUAAUUGAUACCACAGCAGAGGUCCUGGACAGCAUUGGCUCUCAGGCUGGCGGAUUCCCAGGUGGUGACCAGCAGCUGUCAGCCUGGCGCCCUGUGGACCCAGCUUGGGCUUCUGGGAAACUGCCAGGCUGCCAGAACAGCUCCCCCCUCUUCCUCAGGGUGCUGUCCCCUGAAGCCUUCCCAGCAACCAACAGGCAGAACAUGGAUAAGGCAACAGUACCAUCCGUGACGCUCAUCGUGGGCUGCGGCGUGUCCUCCCUCACCCUGCUCAUGCUGGUCAUCAUCUAUGUGUCUGUAUGGAGGUACAUUCGCUCAGAGCGGUCCGUCAUCCUCAUCAACUUCUGCCUGUCCAUCAUCUCUUCUAAUGCUCUCAUCCUCAUCGGGCAGACCCAGACUCGCAACAAGGUUGUGUGCACACUGGUGGCUGCCUUCCUGCACUUCUUCUUCCUGUCCUCCUUCUGCUGGGUGCUCACUGAGGCCUGGCAGUCCUACAUGGCUGUGACUGGCCGCCUACGGAGCCGGCUCGUCCGCAAGCGCUUUCUCUGCCUGGGCUGGGGGCUCCCUGCACUGGUGGUGGCCAUUUCUGUGGGAUUUACCAAGGCCAAGGGGUACAGCACCAUGAACUACUGCUGGCUCUCCCUGGAGGGGGGACUUCUGUAUGCCUUCGUGGGACCAGCUGCUGCAGUUGUGCUGGUGAACAUGGUGAUCGGGAUCCUGGUGUUCAACAAGCUCGUGUCCAAGGACGGCAUCACGGACAAGAAGCUGAAGGAGCGGGCAGGGGCCUCCCUGUGGAGCUCCUGCGUGGUGCUGCCGUUGCUGGCUCUGACCUGGAUGUCUGCUGUGCUUGCUGUCACCGACCGCCGCUCCGCCCUCUUCCAGAUCCUCUUCGCUGUCUUUGACUCACUGGAGGGCUUCGUUAUCGUGAUGGUGCACUGCAUUCUGCGCAGAGAGGUCCAGGAUGCUGUGAAGUGUCGUGUGGUAGACCGCCAAGAAGAAGGCAAUGGGGACUCAGGGGGCUCCUUCCAGAAUGGCCACGCCCAGCUCAUGACGGACUUUGAGAAGGAUGUGGAUCUGGCCUGUAGAUCAGGUGAGCACCUGACAGUGCUGAACAAAGACAUCACAGCCUGUCGCACAGCUACCAUCACAGGCACCUUCAAGCGACCAUCACUGCCUGAAGAGGAAAAGCUCAAGCUGGCCAAGGGCCCACCUCCCACCUUCAACAGUCUGCCAGCUAAUGUGUCCAAGCUGCACCUGCACGGUUCGCCCCGCUACCCCGGUGGGCCACUGCCCGACUUCCCCAACCACUCUCUCACCCUCAAAAAGGACAAGGCUCCCAAGUCCUCCUUUAUUGGAGAUGGGGACAUCUUCAAGAAACUGGACUCAGAGCUGAGCCGGGCCCAGGAGAAGGCUCUGGACACGAGCUAUGUGAUCCUGCCCCCAGCCACAGCCACACUGCGGCCCAAACCCAAGGAGGAGCCCAAGCACAGCAUCAACAUUGACCAGAUGCCCCAGACGCGCCUCAUCCACCUGAGCGUGGCGCUCGAUGCCAGCUUCCCCACCCGUAACCCACCUGCCCGUGAGCCCCCAGGUGGUGGGCCCCCUGAGGCUCCCCCUGCCCAGCCCCCACCCCCUCCACCCCAGCAGCCCCUACCCCCACCACCCACCCUGGAGCCUGCACCCCCAAGCCUGGGGGACACAGGGGAGCCUGCAGCCCACCCAGGACCCAGUCCAGGUGCUGGGACCAAGAAUGAGAACGUGGCCACCCUUUCAGUGAGCUCCCUGGAGCGGCGGAAAUCACGGUAUGCAGAACUGGACUUUGAGAAGAUCAUGCACACGCGGAAACGACACCAGGACAUGUUCCAGGACCUGAACCGGAAGCUGCAGCAUGCUGCUGAGAAGGAGAAGGAAGUGCCAGGCGUAGACAGCAAGCCAGAGAAACAGCAGACUCCCAACAAGAGGGCAUGGGAGAGCCUCCGCAAGCCCCAUGGGACUCCCGCCUGGGUGAAAAAGGAGCUGGAGCCACUGCCCCCUUCUCCACUGGAGCUUCGGAGUGUGGAGUGGGAGAAGGCAGGUGCCACCAUCCCACUGGUUGGCCAGGACAUCAUUGAUCUCCAGACCGAGGUCUGA